CUUUUCAUACUUUCGCUUCGUUCAUUGCCAAGCAACAAGACUGACCCUUAUGGCUCCGAACAUGACCCCGCUGCCCGCCAGCUAUCGCUGCUUGACGUAGAUGAAACUGAGAGUGCAAGGGGUGUGUUUGGUUCAACGAGAAGAGUUUUGUUCAAGAUGUUCAAGUUCUGCGGCAUAGCCUGCAGUCAUGGCGUGACCUGCAAAAGUGGCGUUUCAACCAAGCACAGCGUUUAUCCCUGUUCCUUUCACACCGUGCAUGUUUAUGUAACAUGGAUAUCAUGAUUUUUGACUACAAACGAUUCCCAUGCUGCACAGCCAUUGGAAUGACUUUUUAACCACCUUCCCAGAAAAUGCCCCUAGCUGGGCACAGUAGCGAAAGUGGACUUUCUUUCUCGGAUUUGUCCUGCCCAACCACAACUAACAUGUUUCCCUGAGGACACCCCCCUUUGACCCUGCAUGGACCCUGAAAAAAAAUAUUGACUGGUGAUCCGUUCUUUUUCUUGCUGUGGGGGCUAGUUUUUGGCUCAAGUCCAGCACGGUCCGGUUUGCACAAUUGGUCUUUAGGGUUUCUCUCGUGUGCCGCGACUAUGGCCAUGCAGGAACCACGAUGGACUACGUCGCUAGUAGAAAUACGUACUCUUAAUGGAUGGUCCGCCUGGAGGUUGAACGCACCCACGGCCGAAGCCAAACCCCCGGAGGACGAACGUCUGGGGUUUACAGCGAGGGCUGAACGGCGAAACACCCAGUGAGUGUCCCACGGGCAUAGAUGCUGGGAACGGAUGCCAGGUGAGGUGAGUGUCCGGCAUAAAUAUGCUUUGCUUGCUGGGCAUGUGAUUGCUCCAAUUCUGAGAUUCAGAUCUGGGGAGACCCCGAGCAAUCAUUGGCUGUUGGUCUAUUUUCCUUUGACGGUUGUUCGAUGUACACACCCAUAUAUGAAGUCGUUCGCUACUUUUUGCACAAAGUUCACUCUGACUUGGGCCGUAGAGCACCGUCCACUUGAGGUCGCUUGUGCUUGAGCUUGUUCUGAAAACAAGUGGACUAAAAAGAUGAUGGACCGUAUUGCAAUGCUUCCAUUUUUUGAACUUAAUUUUCCCCAGAUGAACUUGGAUGCGUGGUUUGUCCUAAAGAACUUAACGCAAUGCUUCCAUUUUUUGAACUUAAUUUUCCCCAGAUGAACUUGGAUGCGUGGUUUGUCCUAAAGAACUUAACGCGUCUUCACACAUGGCCUCUUGAGAUCGAGCGCACCGUCUCGCGCGUGCUGAGGGGCAUGGCAGAGGUGUAUUUCAAUCCGGUGAUGUGGUGCUCCUGCUGUUGCUGCUACCCAUGUUUCUUGCAGAAGAACAUUGAGUGGGACGCGAGAUCUCAACACCUGGCGUUGACCGUUGAUGGCAUCCGGUAUGUGAAAGAAAAGAGGAAAAGCUGCUGCGGACUGCCUUGUACAGACAGAGGCAGGGAAAGCAAGACGGUUCCCUACGACAAGAUUACCGACUGCGACGUGCAGGAGCCAGCUGGCACUGCAUGCUGCUGUUGCAUCCAGAAUGUGCUGUCCGUCGUCAAUAUCGACACUGCCUCAAGCGGUGUGGGUGGCAACUUUGUGCUGCACGAGAUGAGCUUGCAGGGUCUGGCAGAUCCACAUGCGUUCAAGCACUCUGUUUGGGCCAUGAAGCGGCGUUUGGCACCCAGCGGUGCCCAGCCCACACAAAUGGGAAAGUCACUGAGUUCGCCUUGCCAGAUGGAGAUGCACAACGUUUUGCUGACAGAGAUCAGAGAUGAACUAAAGCUUCUGAACCAGAAGAUGGAUUGCAGAUGAGCAGGGCUUUGGGCUGCUUUGCAUUGCUUUGCAUGGCCACUGACAAAUGAAUUGCUUAGAAGAGAUGGUUUCACAGGGGGCGGGGUUUAACCAACCCAGUGCUCUAAACGUAAUUGCUUAGACCUCUUGUUGUGAUAUAUGCGGGCAGAGCAGCUUGAUUGUCAAUGACUGGAGUCAAUUUUGUCGAUACGAGGCUUUUUUGGGCAAAGCUCAAAUCAUUUAAAGCCUUGAAGUCUUUCCAUCCGGCUCUUUCUGUAAAGCUGGACGAACCUGGCUAAGAGCAGUUGAUAGUGAUAGAAUCUUAGUUCAGCUCGGCUGAACCUUGCUCCACCAGGUGUCGUGCUUCAAACGCCCUCGGGUGACAGAUUGGAGCCUCCGUCCGAUAGCCGGUGGAGAGAACUUUGCGAAGUCGAAGCCCGAUCCCUCCCCACCCUGUGCAGUGAACCUGGGGGGUGGUGGGCAAAUGAUUGGUGUUUAGCCAUGCCCCAAAAAGGACAGACUGACCUUGUGGGACACCCUCGCAGGUCAGUGGUUUGUACCAGCCAUGCCUUUCAGAGAUGUCCAUCUGCGGAACUGAGGAAAAUGUAAGCUGGAAAGACUAGAGGCUAGAGUCUCUUUGACUAGAUGG